UUUACUUUUUUCCCACUAUAUAAUGCAUCACAUAGAACAACUCAAACAUAAAUCAAACCCUUACAAUAAUAUAUUUUUAGCCUUAGUUUCCUCUCUUCUCUAGCUAAUACAUAACAAGAAACAAUCCUUGCUAAUAUCAAUUUUUCAAUGGAUCCAUCCCAUAUAUCUGCUUAUGUAAACUUCAGCUGCGAAUUGAGAAUAAUACAGGCUCGAAACAUCGAAUUUAUCAAGCCUACGAAAAACUUGUUUGCAAGGUUGUAUCUCCCAACAGGAAACAACAAAAGUAUUCAACUUAACAGCAAAAAUAUUUCCACCAUAUCAUUGCCCAUCUGGGACGAGUCUUUUAAUCUAGAUUGUUCGUGCCCUCAAGAAUUCUUGGAAAACCUUAACGAACAAAACCUAGUGUUGGAGCUAAGGCAAAGGAAGAUGUGGGGGUCAAAACUUAUUCCAUGGAAGGUAAUUAUUGAAUCACAAAAUAUGGAGUUAAAAAAAUGGUUGAAAAUGGAUUUGGUGAAUGGAAGUGAUUGCAAAGAGGGUAUGUUCACAACACCGGAAGUGGAAGUAGAGAUUAAAGUAAGAGUAGCUUCAGCUGCUGAGAUGGAAAAACAAAAUAAGAGAAGGUUGAAUAAUUGGAAUGAGUGUGGAUGCAAAAAUGGACAUGAUCAUCAAGCUUGGUGCAACACUGAAGAUUGUGAUAUAUUUGCACUUAGUGCAGCUUUAGAGGCCUUUUGAUUUUGAUGCAAGAUUCUGCGAUGCACAUAUGUACUAACAUCAACUAAUUAGCUCAUCAAUAUAGUAGAAAAUUGAUUGAUUU